AUGACUGGAAUUUUUAUUCAGGAAAAAGAAAUGGAAAAGCAAAAACUUCUAUAUCAACAAGCCAGACUACAUGACCGAGGUGCUGCUGAGAUGGUUCUGCAGACAAUCAGUGCUAGUAAAGGUGAGAUGGGUCCAAUGGUUGCAGCUACCCUAAAGCUAGGGAUUGCCAUCUUAAAUGGAGGAAAUUCUACUGUUCAACAGAAAAUGCUUGACUACCUCAAGGAUAAAAAGGAUGUGGGAUUCUUUCAGAGCCUUGCUGGUCUUAUGCAGACCUGUAGUGUUCUUGACCUAAAUGCAUUUGAACGCCAAAACAAAGCAGAAGGCCUUGGCAUGGUAACUGAAGAGGGAUCAGGAUGUUACUUGGCAGCCUGUGAUAAUCUGCUUCCAUCUGGCCUUUCUACAGGAGAAAAGGUGAUGCAGGAUGAUGAAUUCACCUGUGACCUCUUCCGCUUCCUUCAGUUGCUUUGUGAAGGACAUAAUUCAGAUUUUCAGAAUUACCUGAGAACUCAGACUGGUAACAACACAACUGUUAAUAUUAUCAUUUCCACUGUGGAUUACUUAUUAAGAGUUCAGGAAUCCAUUAGUGAUUUCUAUUGGUAUUAUUCUGGGAAGGAUGUUAUUGAUGAGCAAGGACAACGAAAUUUUUCCAAAGCCAUCCAGGUUGCAAAACAAGUUUUCAAUACUCUUACAGAGUAUAUCCAGGGACCGUGUACUGGGAAUCAGCAAAGUCUGGCACACAGCAGGCUAUGGGAUGCGGUAGUUGGUUUUCUUCAUGUAUUUGCCCACAUGCAGAUGAAACUGUCUCAGGAUUCCAGUCAAAUUGAAUUACUGAAGGAAUUAAUGGAUCUUCAGAAAGAUAUGGUUGUCAUGUUGCUGUCUAUGCUGGAAGGUAAUGUUGUGAAUGGAACUAUUGGCAAGCAGAUGGUCGAUAUGCUUGUGGAAUCGUCCAACAAUGUGGAGAUGAUUCUGAAGUUUUUUGAUAUGUUCUUAAAAUUGAAGGAUUUGACUUCCUCUGAUGCAUUUAAAGAAUAUGACCCUGAUGGUAAAGGGAUCAUUUCAAAGAGGGAUUUUCACAAGGCAAUGGAAAGCCAUAAGCAUUACACCCAGUCAGAAACUGAGUUUCUGCUAUCAUGUGCUGAAACAGAUGAGAAUGAGACUCUGGACUAUGAGGAGUUUGUGAAACGAUUCCAUGAACCUGCCAAAGACAUCGGUUUCAAUGUUGCUGUUCUCCUGACCAACCUAUCAGAACACAUGCCCCAUGAUACCCGCUUGCAAACUUUCCUUGAGCUGUCAGAGAGUGUGCUGAAUUACUUUCAGCCUUUCCUUGGACGCAUAGAAAUCAUGGGCAGUGCAAAGCGCAUUGAACGAGUUUAUUUUGAAAUAAGUGAGUCAAGCCGGACUCAGUGGGAGAAACCUCAGGUAAAAGAGUCAAAGAGACAAUUUAUAUUUGAUGUUGUAAAUGAAGGCGGGGAGAAAGAAAAGAUGGAGCUUUUUGUUAAUUUCUGUGAGGAUACCAUCUUUGAAAUGCAACUGGCUGCCCAGAUCUCUGAGUCAGAUCUGAAUGAAAGGUCAGCAAAUAAAGAGGAGAAUGAGAAAGAUAAACCUGAGGAACAGGAUCCCAGAAUAGGUUUCUUCUCUCUCACGACCAUGAAGUCUGCAUUAGUAGCUCUCAAGUAUAACUUAAUGACUCUAAUGAAAAUGCUCAGCAUGAAAAGCCUAAAGAAGCAGAUGAAAAAAGUGAAGAAAAUGACCAUGAAGGACAUGGUCAUGGCUUUAUUUUCUUCCUAUUGGAGCAUUUUGAUGGGCUUACUACAUUUUGCUUGUAGUGUUGUCCGGGGCUUCUUUCGCAUCAUAUGCAGUUUGCUGCUUGGAGGAAGCCUAGUAGAAGGAGCAAAGAAAAUCAAGGUGGCUGAACUAUUAGCUAAUAUGCCAGAUCCAACCCAGGAUGAGGUGCGUGGGGAAGGAGAAGAGGGGGAGAGGAAGCCAACAGAAACUGCAUUGCCUGCAGAAGACUUAACAGAUCUGAGAACUUUAUCAGAUGAGAGUGAUCUGCUCUCAGAUAUAUUUGGUUUGGAUUUGAAACGAGAAGGUGGACAGUAUAAGUUGAUCCCUCACAAUCCCAAUGCUGGUUUGAGUGAUUUGCUGAGUACUCCCUCCUUAGCUCCAAUGCCUGAGGUGCAGGAAAAAAUCCAGGAGCCUGUGAAAGAAGAUGAAAAGGAAGAGAAGGAGGAAACAAAAUCUGAACCUGAAAAAGCAGAAGGAGAAGAUGGAGAAAAAGAAGAGAAAGCCAAAGAAGACAAAGGGAAACAGAAAUUAAGACAACUUCAUACUCACAGAUAUGGAGAACCAGAAGUUCAGGAAUCAGCUUUCUGGAAGAAAAUCAUUGCAUACCAACAGAAGCUUCUUAAUUAUUUUGCGCGAAACUUUUACAAUAUGAGGAUGCUGGCAUUGUUUGUUGCUUUUGCCAUCAACUUCAUCCUGCUUUUCUACAAGGUCUCCACCUCUGCUGUGACAGAAGAAAAGGAAGUUCCUGUGGUAUCUGCUGGUGAAAGUAUUAUUUUGGACACCCUGGAAAGCGACAGCCAGAGGGUCAUUGCAGUGCAUUAUGUCCUGGAAGAAAGCAGUGGCUACAUGGAGCCCACACUGCGGAUUUUGGCUAUCCUACACACAGUCAUCUCAUUCUUCUGCAUCAUAGGGUAUUACUGUUUGAAAGUUCCACUGGUUAUUUUUAAGAGAGAAAAGGAAGUGGCGAGGAAACUGGAAUUUGAUGGGCUGUAUAUAACUGAACAGCCAUCAGAAGAUGAUAUUAAGGGUCAGUGGGAUAGACUUGUAAUCAACACACAGUCUUUUCCAAAUAACUACUGGGACAAAUUUGUGAAAAGAAAGGUCAUGGAUAAAUAUGGUGAGUUCUAUGGCCGUGACAGGAUCAGUGAGUUACUAGGAAUGGACAAAGCUGCUCUCGAUUUUAGUGAUGCUCGAGAAAAGAAGAAACCAAAGAAGGAUAGCUCCUUAUCUGCUGUGCUAAAUUCCAUUGAUGUUAAGUAUCAGAUGUGGAAAUUAGGAGUUGUUUUCACUGAUAACUCUUUCCUUUACCUAGCAUGGUACAUGACCAUGUCAGUCCUUGGCCAUUACAACAAUUUUUUCUUUGCUGCUCAUCUCCUUGACAUUGCAAUGGGAUUCAAGACGUUACGAACUAUCCUGUCAUCAGUGACCCACAAUGGCAAACAGCUUGUCCUGACAGUGGGAUUACUGGCAGUAGUAGUAUACUUGUAUACAGUAGUGGCAUUCAAUUUUUUCCGCAAGUUCUACAAUAAGAGUGAAGAUGGUGAUAUGCCAGACAUGAAAUGUGAUGAUAUGCUAACAUGCUACAUGUUUCACAUGUAUGUUGGAGUACGUGCAGGUGGAGGCAUUGGUGAUGAAAUAGAGGAUCCAGCAGGAGAUGAAUAUGAAAUCUAUAGGAUCAUCUUUGACAUCACUUUCUUCUUCUUUGUGAUUGUCAUCCUGCUUGCAAUUAUUCAAGGUUUAAUUAUUGAUGCUUUUGGUGAGUUAAGAGAUCAGCAAGAGCAAGUUAAGGAAGACAUGGAGACAAAAUGCUUUAUCUGUGGAAUAGGAAAUGACUACUUUGAUACAGUGCCCCAUGGCUUUGAAACGCACACACUACAGGAGCACAACUUGGCCAAUUAUUUGUUUUUUCUAAUGUAUCUUAUUAACAAAGAUGAAACAGAGCAUACAGGACAGGAAUCCUAUGUAUGGAAAAUGUAUCAAGAACGGUGCUGGGAGUUUUUUCCUGCUGGUGAUUGCUUCCGAAAACAAUAUGAAGACCAGCUCAACUAAGCAGAGAUGAGGAUUUACAGGCAAAAAUAUGUCCAUGUAUUUCCCAACUCUUGUGGGAAUGUCUAGCAAACUUCUGAAAUCCCCAAAGCUGUGUGCUUUUAGGAGCACCAAAGCUCUGUUUUUAAUGACCCAACUGCGCUUUUAUUUUCUUGUGUAUUUCUUUUGAGAACACUGGAGUAAAGAACAAUGAAAAAUAACAGCAACUCUGAAAAACAAACCAACCACUUGCACACACAAAAGAUAUCCCUGUACAUAACAUGCACACGUAAGAAGAGACUUAAGACAGCUUAUUCUGAAACUGCCAGAUGAUGCCCUUGUCUAUAAGAUCACACGUGGGGUGACAUGGUAGCAACACUCAUUCAAUCGGUUUAUUUCUUCAUCCUGGAAGGAUCUAUAUGUAGUUCGCACAGCACUGUAAAAGAUUGUUGUGGACACUAAGUUGUGGGGAAAUAGUGCCUUACUAUAUGUGGGUUGAGCUAUGCAGAAGAUGAGUGCAUGAUGACAUCAUAUUAUUUUUUUUUCCUUUAUGUCUUCCCUUUCUUCCAAGUUAAUAUUUAUUUUGUGGUUUUGGUGGGUUUGGGAGGAAGGGAUUUGAUUGUGCACAUCUUUUUAGUAAGACUGGAGUGUCUCAGGACAAGAUUAGGUUAUUCUCAUCACGUUCAUUUGACAUUUACCUUCCUCUUUAGCUUUUGCUCUUGUUUUGGUAAUGCUCUGAUACAACACUGCAACUUUAUGAAAUCUUUGUAUGAAAACAAGACGACUG